AUGCGGGCGACUCCGGAAUUUAGCGCAGAGAGUGAUUCCCAGUGGUAUUACGACGUCGAGCGAUACCAGAAGACAGACAUUUUAGACUUCAAGGAUCAACUUCCAAAAGAAUCUCAGGCUGAUCUAGAGAAUGCGCCCUGGUCCUUUGGGGCCACCACAUCCGGUUUUAAAGCACUUCGUGACAAGUUCCUGAAGGUGUUCAACGAAGCAAAACAGAACGGCAUGUCCAACCUGGGUGCAUCAAAAGAAUACACAUGUUAUCGCGAAGAUAAAGCCGCGUUCCCGGACGCCAUAGCCUUUACAUUUGACGAAGUGCAGAGUGAAUUGAACAACUUUUGCAAGAACAAAGUCAACGACUACAUGCUUGCUGGCAAGCCUCUACAUCCGCGCAUCUUCCAAAUUGAUAAGGAAGUCGAGUUGUAUACACCACUCCCGGAUGGUACAAAGGAUCUAGUCUACUAUGUCUCCCCAGGCCCUGAUAGCUUCAUGACAGGGAAGAACUUAUCUUUAUAUUUCGAAGGAAUACAAUCUGACGAGAAAGCUUCGCAUUGCAUAGCAACAUACAACGACCUCAUUACACAUGUUGGUUGCUAA